GUGGGGCUCGCUCGGCGUCACGAUCGGGUCUUUUCCCCCAACUGGGCCACCGAGCAAGCCAUGGAAUCCCGCGCCAUGACCACGUUGGGCCUUGCGGGACGGCUCAACCGUGUUCAGGCCAGAGCCUGGAGAACCGCAAGAUCACCCCUUUUGUGGCAUUCUUUGAGGAAAACGAGUUCUCUAGGAGGAAAGUCUGAACCUGCCAAACAAUCCCUUAAGAAGCCAAAGUUACCAGAAGGUCGUUUUGAUGUACCAGAAGGUUCCCAUUUAGAGAAAGAACCACUGGAAAAAUUUCCUGAUGAUGUUAAUCCUGUUACCAAAGAAAAGGGUGGACCCAGGGGCCCAGAGCCCACUCGAUAUGGAGAUUGGGAACGUAAAGGACGUUGUAUUGACUUUUAAGUCACGUAUAAUUUUUCUGAAUAUGUACUUCUGAAUUAACUUAUUUUUUAUUAUUUUAUUUCUUACAUAGUUUAAGGCAUCUGAUUUCUAUAAUGUGUUUAAAAAUAUAUAUGAUGGCUUUGGAAGAAAAUGCGCUACUAUAAAUUGGGAAAGAAAAUAUUUCUACAUUAGCACAUAUGACUUUAAAUCUGUUGAGGUAUGGAAGUGAUUAUAGAGCUGCAAACUUUUACUUCAGCAUUUUUCAGUUUAAAUUAGUUACUUGUAAAAUGAAAAUAAAAUAAUUUUUUAAAUUCCAUUACCAUGUGCUAGGUAACAGUGACUUUUUAAAUGUGAGUUAAAUAAUGCAUUAUAGUUUGAGUAGGCCACAGUAACUACAGAAAAUCUUUUGACAAGGAGCUGGAUUACUUGCUUCAAAACCUGGCUCCACUUCUUACUAGCCAUGUGACCUUGUUACUUACUUUCUGUAUGCAUUGGUAUCCUUAUAUGUAAAUUGGAAAUAAUGAUAGUUCCACUUCAUAGG